AUGUGGAAAAGCGCCGUGUUUUUGCUGACGGUCGCGAGCAUCGCUGCCGCCGCGGAAGUGAAAUCCAGGAGGGUCCGGGAUUCGAGUACUUCGAUAUUCAAUCCGUUUCCUUUCUUGCAAAUCGUGCGUUUCGCGAAUGACGAGUGUGCUGCCGAGUCAGCCUCUUCCGGGACGUGCUACACCGCCAAGGAGUGUGAUGAUCUGAAAGGUCACAUUCAAGGCGAUUGCGCUAACGGCUAUGGAUCUUGCUGUGUCUUGACCUACAGCUGCCGAGAAACUAUGCGCCACAACCUUUCCUACUUCGUGCCACCCUCGUACCCAGAGAAGGAAGAAGAAGCGAACGUCUGUCCCCUGAAAAUCGCAUUUGAAGCCACGAUCUGUCAGAUCCGCUUAGAUUUCGAGCGCUUCGACAUCCUCGGACCGAAAGGCGGUGAUUGCGUGGACGAUCUUUUCGUCGUACUGGGAGGGAACGUCAACCAUAGAGUCCCCGUGAUUUGCGGUCAGAACGCCAAUCAACAUAUAUACGUCAACGUUGACACUGUCGAGGGUCCUCUGGAACUCCAAAUGAUCACCGGUAUCGCUCGCUACUCGAGAGAUUGGCGGAUCAAAGUGUCCAUGGUGCCUUGUGAUUCUCCCUUCAAGGCACCAAACGGUUGUCUCCAAUUCUUCACGGGAGGCGUGGGCAACUUCCGCAGUUUCAACUUUAAUCAGCCCGACACAAAUCGUUCGGGAUACUUAAACUCCGUGGAUUACGCGAUCUGCCUCCGACGGGAACGAGACAUGUGCUACGUCACCUACUCUGUUGGACGCGGAACGGGGAACUCGGAAAACUCCCCCGGCAAGAAGGAUAAUGCGGCUGCGAGUACUCCCACCACAACGCCCAGGGGACCUCGGGACAACUCACUCAUUCGAUCGAACUCUUUCGGCAUCGCCACAUCGACCGAUAAAUCGAUGGAUUUCCAGAGCGACUCCAAAGGUGGAUCAUCUAAGUGCACGGGCGAUUACUUGGCAAUAUUCGGCCUGGAACGGUUUUGCGGAGGGGCUUUCAGCUUGACGUCGGGCAGCAAAGAAAACCAGCCCAUAACGGUGAAGGACUCGGGACCUCUGAUGGUCUUGUUCAAGUCGGAUAAGACCUUCAACGGACGUGGCUUCGACAUCGACUUCGUACAAGGACCUUGUAUGCCCAUAACAUUCUUCUAG